AUGGGGAUAUGGUAUAAAAACAUAUCCCCACAAACAGUCGUGUGGGUUGCUAACAGAGAAACACCGAUACAGGAUCCGUCAGGUGAGUUUAGAGUCCUCAGCAACGGAUCCUUAUUGGUUAUCGCUGGUAGCAACAACAUUGUUGUCUGGUCAUCUAACACUAGCCUGGUAUCCGUAUCUCCCACAACAAGAAAUCCAGUGGCUCAACUUUUGAACUCCGGAAAUCUGGUUGUGAGGGGAGAUGGUCAGGAUAGUUUCAUCUGGCAAAGUUUCGAUUAUCCUGGAGACACGUUCCUUGCCGGUAUGAAAUUCGGGAAGGACUUUGUCUCCAGAAACGAUAGGCGGUGGAGGCCGUGGAAGAGUCUUGACGACCCUUCACCAGGUGAGUUUGCCGCAUUCAUGGAUACCAACGGGUUUCCUCAGCUGUUUGAAGAAAAAGGUUCGGUUCCAGUGUCGAGGUUCGGACCAUGGAAUGGUCUUACGUUCAAUGGAAUGCCCGAAAAUGGACCGUACGCGGUGAUCACACACGAUUUUGUUUUUGAUGAUAAAGAAGUGUUCUACAGGUAUGCACUUGUUAAUACUUCAGUCCCAUCACGUGUCUACAUUAAUCCUAAUGGUUACUUCAAACGUCUGAACUGGGUUAGUCGAACCCAGGAGUGGAUCACAUACUGGGACGUAAAUACCGACAUGUGUAGCCAAUUCGGGUUAUGUGGUCCAAAUGGAAGGUGUAACCAAAACAAGUCACCAGCUUGCAGUUGUAUGGAAGGGUUUGAGCCACGAAACCCGGAAGAAUGGAGCGUAUCCAAGUGGUCAAGUGGGUGUAGGCGUAGAACACCUUUAGAUUGCCCAAACAAGGAUGGUUUUGGAGUGUUUAAAAAGGUUAAACUUCCAGAUACUCGGCGGUCAUGGUACAAUAUAAGCAUGACACUUGAUGAAUGUGCGAGCGCUUGCAAGAGCAAUUGCUCAUGUACAGCGUAUGCAAAUAUAGAUAUCAGGAACGGCGGAAGCGGAUGUUUGCUAUGGUUCGAUGAUUUAAUGGAUGUUCGAACUGUUGAUGAAAGCCAAGAUCUAUAUGUAAGAAUGGCCCUAUCCGACUUAACAAGUAAGUUUAUUCUCAUAUGGAUUCUUUGGGAAUAA